UGACUACAAAAAAUAAAAAGUGAAUGUUGAUUUAGUCAUCCUCUUCUCUUUCUUCGUAAUUCAACAACAGUGGAUAUCUCCAUUUAUAAAAACAUCAUCCAGCCACACUUGUUUGAUACAAUAGUUGGCCUCACAUAUCAACCGACAGAUAGAAACUCAUGGAGAUUUCUUCCAUUUUCGUCUUUUUUGUGUUGUUGUUGGUACACUGUUUAAUGGCUAGCACAGCUAUGGCAGUAAGGACCAACAUCACCACAGACCAAUCAGCUAUCCUUGCUCUCAAAGACCAUAUCACUGUUGACCCUUACAAAACCUUGGCAAGCAAUUGGUCUUCCUCUACCUCUGUUUGCAACUGGAUUGGGAUCACUUGUGGUGCCAAACACCAUAGAGUCACUGCCUUGAAUCUUUCUCACAUGGGUCUUUCAGGAACCAUUGCUCCACAAGUGGGAAAACUAACAUUCUUGUCUCAUUUAUCCUUCAGAAACAACAAUUUUCAUGGUUCUCUGCCCAACGAGUUAGCUUCCUUGCGUCGGUUGGAAGUUGUCAGCUUUGGAUUGAACAACUUUUCUGGAAUGUUACCAUCAUGGCUUGGGUUCUUACCUAAACUUCAAGUGUUGUAUGCUUAUACGAACAGUUUUGAAGGUAAUAUUUCCAGAAUCUCUAGGCAACAUAUCGUCACUGAAAGUACUUCAUCUCAGCGACAACAAUCUUUCAGGAGUAAUACCAAAAAGUUUGGGAAACUGUACUUCUCUCGAGAUAAUUCACUUGGAUGACAACAAUUUUAUAGGUGAAAUACCACUUGAGAUUGGCGCACUUCAAAAUCUGACACAAGUAACUUUAGCUAAUAACAGCUUAGCUGAUCACAUCCCAGAUGCAAUCUUCAAUAGCUCAAAGAUUGAAGUCAUUAGUUUAUACAUGAACCAGCUCUCAGGCCAUCUUCCACCAAGUAUAGGCAAUUGGCUUCCAAAUCUUAAGGUGCUAUACCUAUGGGGCAAUGAACUAGAGGGAAUAAUCCCCAGUUCUAUCUCAAAUGCUUCUACGCUCGUUGAACUUGAGUUGGGUGCAAACAAUUUCUCUGGCUCUAUUCCUAAUACUUUAGGAAAUUUAAGGCAUCUGGAGAGACUCAACUUAGUCAACAAUUAUUUGACUAGCAACUCUUCAAAUCUAGAAUUGAGUUUUCUUUCAUCGUUGACAAACUGCGUAAAUUUGACAAGUAUAGUGGUAGCGGAAAACCCACUGAAUGGAACCCUUCCAAUUUCCAUAGGAAAUUUCUCUACUUCUUUGGAAAAAUUUGUAGCAUUUAAUUGCAACAUUAAGGGCAUAAUUCCAAGAGAGAUUGGUAAUUUAAGCAACUUGAUGACCUUAGACCUAAAAAACAAUGAAUUGGUCGGACCAAUUCCAUUUACAGUUGGAAGAAUGAGAAACCUCCAAGGUUUGUAUCUUCAACACAAUAGAUUGCAAAGAUCUAUACCAAAUGGUAUUUGUCAGUUGAGGAACCUGGAUGAAUUAUUUUUAAACCAUAAUAAGCUCUUUGGACCAAUACCAACAUGUUGGGGAAGUCUUUCUAAACUUCAAAAGUUGUACUUGAAUUCCAACAAGCUGACUUCCAUACCCCCAUCCUUUUGGAGUCUUACAGACAUACUGCAAAUAAACUUGUCCUCUAAUUCUUUAAGUGGCUAUCUGCCAUUAGAUGUUGGGAAAUUGGAGCAUGUAACACAAAUGGACCUAUCAUGGAAUAAACUAUCAGGUGACAUCCAUGCUAUUAGAGGCCUAUGUUCUUUGGUAAGCCUAUCCUUAGCUCAUAACAAAUUCCGGGGUCCUAUUCCUCAAUCAUUUGGUAUGUUGAUAAGCAUGGAACACUUGGAUCUCUCUGAUAACAACUUCUCAGCAGAAAUUCCCAAGUCUCUAAUGAAACUCAAAUGCCUUAAAUAUUUCAAUGUGUCUUUCAAUAGAUUGCAAGGUGAAAUUCCAUUUGGGGGUGCUAUUGCUCAAUUCUCAGCUUCAUCAUUCAUGGGAAAUCAAGCAUUAUGUGGUCCACCUCAACUUAAAGUUCCACCCUGUGAAACAAGUAAUGCUGGACAAUCAACCACUGCAGUUAUAUUAAGGUAUAUAUUACCGGCAAUGAUUGCAACAAUACUAGCAUUAUUCCUCAUAUUUGCUCUGCUGAGAUGCCAAAAGAGAGACGCAAAACAUAAUGGUCAAGGAGAUUUGUUAACUAUAGCAACAUGGAGAAGAAUAACAUAUCUAGAACUUGAACAAGCAACAGGUGGAUUUAGCGAAAGUAACUUAGUUGGGAAAGGGAGUUUUGGCUCGGUGUACAGAGGGAUGCUUUCAGAUGGGACUAGUAUUGCCGUAAAGGUUUUUAAUUUGAAUAUAGAAGGAGGGUUCAAGAGUUUUAAAGCUGAAUGUGAUGUAUUGUGCAGUAUUCGCCAUCGUAAUCUUGUGAAAAUCAUCAGUAGUUGUAGUAGGAUUGAUUUUAAAGCCUUGGUACUAGAGUACAUGCCCAAAGGGAGUCUUAAGAAGUGGUUGUACUCUCAUAACCACUUCUUGGAUAUGAUAGAAAGAUUGAACAUGAUGAUAGAUGUUGCAUCAUCAUUGGAGUAUCUCCAUCAUGGUUGUCCUUUACCUGUUGUUCAUUGUGAUUUGAAGCCCAGCAAUAUUCUCCUAAACAAAGAUAUGGUUGCACAUGUGAGUGAUUUUGGCAUUUCAAAAUUCUUAGGCAAUGAAGAAUCUAUAACACAAACCAUGACAUUGGCCACUAUUGGUUACAUGGCACCAGAGUAUGGAUCACAAGGGACCAUUUCCACACGUGGCGAUGUGUAUAGUUAUGGCAUUUUGUUGAUGGAAACAUUCACAAGAAAGAGUCCCACCGAUGAAAUGUUUACAGAAGAAAUGAGCCUAAAAGAUUGGGUAAAACAGUCAAUACCCCUUUCAGUAAUUGAAGUUAUAGAUGCUAAUUUGUUGAAGAGAGGUGAAGAGAAUUUUAAUGCUAAGCUGGAUUGUAUGUUGUCUGUUAUGCAAUUGGCUAUGGAUUGUUCAACAGAGGUACCUGAAGAGAGGUCAAACAUGAAAGAUGUCGUAACAAUACUCAAGAACAUCAAAUUGAAGUUUCUAAAGGAUGUUGGAGAAGAUUGAGAAUAUAAAUUUGUUUGUAGUUUUUCCAUGUUUGUGCGCUUGACUAAUUAUAUUUUGUAGAUUAUGCUACUCCCCUAGAUUAAUACUGAAGGAUGUAAUUUACCUAAGUAUGUUUAACUAUAUAUAUUGGAGGCAAUAAUUUACCUAAUCUAUAUAUUACUAAAAGCUGAAGCGUAGCGUUUAAUGCUGCUGCUCUUACGUU